AUGUUUGUUCGAUUGAUCUAGAGAAUGACGAUGCCUAUUUUAAGAUGUUAGAGAAUUUAAUUCAGUCCAGCUUUGACAAUCUUGAACAAAAGAUUAAUUAUACAUAAUUUAACAUAAAUCAGAAUCCCUGUAAUGAAUGAACUAACAGAAUCAGAAUAAGACGAAGAAUUACAGUAUAUCUAAAUUAAUCAACUUAGGGAUAGCAUCAGUUUAACAUCUGCAUGA